CCCAUUCGCCGCUCGGGAGGCAGGAGCCGCUGCAGGCGAGAAGAUGCGUCCUGCCGGAGCCGCGCCGCUCGCUUGGCUGCUGCUGCUGGGCCUGGCGGCCGGGGCCGGGGUCGGGGUCGGGGCGGCGCCGCCGGGGCACGAGGUGGCCUUCCUGCCGGGGCUGGCCAAGCAGCCGGGCUUCCGCCAGUUCUCGGGCUACCUGGACGUGGACCAGGACAAGCACCUGCACUACUGGUUCGUGGAGGCGCAGGGCGACGGCGCGGCGGAGAAGAAGCCCCUGGUGCUGUGGCUGAACGGCGGGCCCGGCUGCAGCUCCGUCACCGGCCUCCUGACCGAGCACGGGCCCUUCACGAUUCAGGAUGACGGAGCCACCCUGGAGUACAACGACUACGCCUGGAACAAGCUGGCCCACGUGCUGUACCUGGAGUCCCCCGUCGGCGUUGGCUACUCCUAUUCAGACGGCAAAGACUACCGGACAAACGAUACUGAGGUGGCCCGUGUGAACUACCUGGCCCUGAAGGAGUUCCUCCGCCUCUUCCCAGAAUACGGUGGCAAGGACCUGUACCUCACUGGCGAGAGCUACGGUGGCAUCUACCUCCCCACCCUGGCAGUCUUGGUCAUGGAGGACCCCGGCCUCAACUUGAAGGGUGUUGCAGUGGGCAACGGGCUGUCCUGCUAUGAAACCAACGACAACUCCCUGGUGUAUUUUGCCUACUACCAUGGCCUCCUCGGCACCAGGCUGUGGACAGACUUGCAGAAUUUCUGCUGUUCAAAGGGGAAAUGCAACUUUCACGACAGUUCGAGCUUGAACUGCACUCUUGCGAUGGUGGAGGUGAUCCGCAUAGUGGACGAGUCGGGUCUCAACAUCUAUAACCUCUAUGCGCCGUGUGCUGGGGGAGUGCCCGGAAGCUACAGGUACGACGACGGAAAGCUCGUCACUCACGAUCUGGGGAAUAACUUCAUGCUGCAGCCGGUUCGUUACUCUUGGAGGCAGAAUCUGCUGGCGUUGCCUGCAGGCAAGAAGGGUGUGCGGCUCGACCCUCCCUGCACCAACACCACCGCCCCCUCCACCUACAUGAACGACCCACAGGUGCGCAAGGCCCUGCACAUUGUUGACGAUGGCCCUGAGUGGGAGAUGUGCAGCUUUGCGGUGAGCCGGGGCUACAAGCGCCUCUUCACCAAGAUGAAUGAGCACUACUUGAAGCUGCUGAGCACCAUGAAAUACCGCAUCUUGUUGUACAACGGGGACGUGGACAUGGCCUGCAACUUCCUGGGGGACGAGUGGUUCGUGAACUCCUUAAAACAGAAGGUGGAAGUCAGUCGGCGGCCCUGGAUCUACACAGAUGAGAAGGGGCAGGAUCAGAUCGGGGGCUUUGUGAAGGAAUUCACUAACAUUUCCUUCCUCACUGUCAAGGGAGCAGGCCAUAUGGUGCCCACUGACCAGCCGCGAGCCGCCUUCAACAUGUUUGAGCGCUUCAUCAACCGGAAGCCCUUCUAGCGCUGGGGCUGCUGUGCCUCCCCCUCCAGGGGUGCUCUGCCUCCACCCCUCCCGCAGUGGGGCUGCUGCUGCUGCGCCUGUAGUGUUGUGAUUGCAAAGACCAAAUCCUGCACUCCUGGCCCCCAGCCCGGGCUGCUGCAGGGGCCGCUCUCACCACUGACGUUCCUCCCUCUGCCCUGUAGGCGUCCUGGGCCCCCGCGGUGGUCUGUGGUGUUGGGGUGUCUGUCGCAGGGCUCUCCCCUCCUGUUUCCUCCUCUUUUGCACUGCCUUUGGGAAGGGCGAAGGGGCCUCCGAAGGGCCCCCUUCUCCGCCUGAGUUCUCAACCACUCAUCACGAUGAAGGAGUCUGAAUGGGAGGGCGAAGGGCAGCCUGGCUGGGCCAGGGCUUGGCUGGAGCCCCCCUCUCUGCAACUCAAGUGGGGUGCAGGGCAUGCUAUUAAAUAGUUUUUCGAAAGGA